AUGCGACCGGUCGGUUGUUUAUUUUUGUUACCUACUGUUAUAUUUGCAUGGCCUCGGGGCGUUUCUCUGCCAGCCGCCUUAACGACAACGAUUCUUGGGUUUGGCAGUGUUUUUGGUCAAGAUGGUGGUGAGUUCUCAUUACUUUUGAAAUCCAAAUUUUAAAUUUAAAAUUUUUAAAUUUUAGUUACCCUCAAUUUAAGGUGAUUCGACGACUACUAUUGAGACAACUAUUGUUACCCAUGAUACAACAACAUAUACGGACAAUACCACAGUACCAGUCGAUAAUACUACCGCUUUAGACAGUAAUACCACUACAGUAUCUACUAAUACUACGGAGAUCUCUACUACUGCAAUGACUUCUACAGUAACCCCAAGUACCACCGAAGUGCCCUACAGUACUACCGAAGAGCCCCACAGUACUACCGAAGAGCCUCACAGUACCACUGAAGAGCCUUACAGUACCAGUUCAGACCAUUCGAUAAGUCCAAACUGGACACUUCCACCAGUACCAACAGCUCUUGUGUACGAUGCUGAAUUGCAUCAUGGGCUGGUACUAGGAUUGUUUAUCGUUGGGACAUUGCUUGGGGCUACGAAUUUGGUGAUGGCUUGGCUAUUGGUGGUGGAGUUCCAUUUAAAGGUAAAUGGCAAAAACUUUCUUUACAAAAGAAAAAAUGGCAAGAACUUUUUUACGAAACGCAAAAUUGCAAGAACUUUCUUUAAAAAAUCAAGAAAACCUUUUCCAUUGUAUAACUUGUCACCUGCAGGCUGCAGAACAUCACGUAUCCUUAUUUUUUGAUAAAGUGGCAAGAAUUUUCUUUAAAAACAUAAAAUGGCGAAAACUUUCUUUACAAAACGUAAAAUGGCAAGAAAUUUCUAUACAAAAGGAGUGGCAAAAACUUUCUUUACAAAACAAAAAUUGCAAGAAAUUUCUUUACAGAAAAUAAAAUGGCACGAACUUUCUUUACAAAACUUAAAAUAACAAAAGCUUUUGUUACAACGAAGAAGCGGGCCAAUUUUUAACAUAGGACUUUGUUUUCAGCACCUCCAAAUGCUCCAAAUGGUAAGACAUAAGCUAGAAGUGGCCGAACGGAUUCUGUUCGAACGUGCUCUCUCCGACGAGAUUCUCGGUCUUCUACAGGACAUCGGCUUCGAUGCGAACAAGUACGAACCACAAUUGUUAACUCAUAUGCAAGUGGUUGAUAGUGAGCAGCAGAAACCUGACAGUAUGGCACAAACCCGAAAUCAGUCUACUAAUCAGACGACUGGCGCUCCGUCUACGGGAAUGAAUGGAUAA